CAAGACAUAAGUUGUAGUUAACUAAGCAGGCUCGUUUUCUAAAUUCCCGAGUCUUGCAUCUAAGGCGGAAAGAACGAGAGCCCUGUCGCUUAAAUCACAUGGUUCACGGGGCUGGGGCUGCAAGAACAUCAUGACAUUGAUAACGAGGACUCGGCAACGACCGCCCGUUUCUCGCCGGAGUCACACAACACCUCGCUGUCGCGUCCCAGUUCCCGCACCGCAAAGACAGCAGGACACCAGCAACUUCCUCAGCCGUCCCGAGCCCGCCGCAUCCCUCCACCGCGCUUCAGCGAGGCAGCGGUAACCCCGGCCGGCUGCCCCGACCCGCCGCCCGCCAUGUCCCGCCCGGGCCCCAGCUCCCCGACAACGCUUUGCAGCAACUUUGAAGCUCCACUGAUGCAUGAAGUCCCAGAGCACCAAGGCAGCAGCACAGACAGUUCAGCAAGCAGUUUGGGAAGCUCUGUCACAGCAUGUAAGAAGAUUCUCUGCAGUAACAGUCUGCUAGAAUCAACAGACUACUGGCUGCAGAAUCAGAGGACACCAUGCCAAAUUGGCUUUCUGGAAGACAAGUCAGAAAGCAACUGUGCCUCAGUUUGUUUUGUGAAUUUAGAUGCAAACAGAGAUGACUGCAGUGACGAGCAAGUGAAACAGAGAUUGAUCAGCGUCUCUCCAAAUCUCCCCAAACUCAUCAGUUCGAUGAACGUACAGCCACCAAAGGAAAAUGAAAUAGUCCUGCUGAGUGGAUUAGCAUCAGGAAACCUUCAGGCCGAUUAUGAAGUUCCCCAGUGUCCUUGGCUGGCAGAUGUCUGCUUGGUUCAGUGUGCGAGGGGGGACAGGAAAAACAGCGCAAGCUGCAUCAUUUUUGAAAUAAACAAGUUUCUGAUUGGACUUGAGCUCGUUCAGGAGAAACAGCUGCAGCUAGAAGCUCAUGUCUUAAAGCCCGAGGAUGACACAAACUGCUCAGUGUCCUCAAUAGAAGAAGAUUUCCUCACAGCAUCUGAGCACCUCGAGGAUGACAACGAGGGUGAUGAAUAUAAAACUGGUCAUGAAAAAAUAAGCGUUUCUGAGGCAUCUUCAGAUGUCAAAAAAAAUAAAGGAAAGGGAUCUGAAAAUCUCCACUACAGAAAAGCCAGGUUGCCAUUAAUUCCUGAAGGGAACUGCGUUAGUAAAGAUAAUGCAGCUACUAGACUCUCUGAAUCUGUGAAUGUUGUGUCUGAAGAUGGCAUCUCACAACCUGAAGAUAAGUCAGACCAGGAAAUACCGUGGCAGAAGGAAUUAGCUGGAAAAGCUACUUCAUCUUUUAGUACCACCAAUUUGACUAGUGAGGUUGGAAAUUCCUGCUCAGCACAUGUGUUAGAAGAUGUAUCUUUAACCAAAAUGGCUAACGGGGAGCUGAGGCCUCUGCAUGACCCAACAGCAAAGCACGACAGUCAGACAGAUGGAGAGGACUGCGCAGGUAUCGGGAAAAUGGAUCCUCCCUCUCAAGAUGAGCAGGUGACUACAGGUCAAUAUGCCACAAAUUUAGCAGAAACUGUUCUGCAAGAUGCAUUCAUUAGACUGUCACAGUCUCAACCCACUUUUAGUGAGGAGGCUGCAGUCAGCAUCUCCGUAGGAAGCUCCUGUAAGUCAGAAGAUGUAUCUGUUUCCCGAUCGUGGAAUGAACUUCCAAAGAUCGUCAUAGUGCAAAGUCCAGACAGUUCUGAGAAUGUAUCUGACUGGCCCGGGUCUGCCUUCCCCAACCUGUGCCACUGGACUGAAUCAGAAAGUUCUGCUGAAGUUUCAGAUUACUUUGAGGAAGAACAUUCAAAUGGACAUGGCCAGAGCGCACUGGAAGUGGCUCUGGCUUGUGCAGCCACUGUUAUUGGAACCAUUUCCAGUCCCCAGGCUGCAGAAAAAUUCAAAAGGGAUCAAGAAGCCACAGACUCUAAAAGCGGAGGGGUUGAUAAUGAAGAGCUACCCACAGUAUCUUCACAGCUACUUGAUGACUGCGCUGGCACAGAAUAUUCAUUUCCAUCUGCGCUGUGUGGCAUGACUCAAGUAGCAAGUGCUGUAGCUGUCUGCGGUCUGGGGGAAACGAAGGAAGAGAAGUACCCUGCAACUUCGAGUGGACUUCUGUCUGCUGCUCAGACUUCUGCAGCCAUUACUCUUCAUUGUAGCAUAGCUAUAGGAAGUAGCAUGGAGAAGCUAAAUGACAGCAUUGCAGAGGCACUUCUCAAAGAGACAUCAAUAAUUUUGACAAAACCCAACACAUACAAAAAUGUAGGGCAUUUUAUGGAAUCCAUAAAUGGAAAAAUUAUUGAAACAGCAGCAAGGCCACGGAUUCCACACACUGAUGAAGCAAUCAGGGAUGAGCUUGCACAAAACUUAUCCAACAUUAUUCUACGACAUUCUAUUGAAGAGGUUAGGAAGAAGAAACAGCUACACCCCCGUUCAGAAAACGGCUCAAGCACACAAGAUAUUUUCAUGGAGACUGCAAACAAGUUGCUUUUUAACGUAAUAUAUUUCACUUGCAAGAAGAUGAACGACAUAAGACAAGUUGAAGAGUGUUCUCCUCUCUUUUCCGAGGUCACAAAAGCAGAGAAAGUAACAAGAGCAGAAGGAUGGUCAACACAAGCAAUUACACACGGAACUUCACCCAGCUCCCUUGAUCACUCUGCUGUUAAGCCAUUUGGUACAUCCUACAGCACAAGCACUAGCAAAGAUCUUGGAAACAUCACGAACACUAGUAAAAGUAAUAUGAAAGAUGUAAAUAGCAAGGAAGGUGCCACACUGAAUUCAGAACCAACAAGUAGGCAUAACGCGCUUGUUGCGAAAACUUCUCCCAAGAAAAGAUACCUGAAAAGAACCACGCGAGACUGUUACAAAUCCCCAAAUCAGAGUAACAAUCAUCAGAAGAAGAAAGACUACAGAUCAUUUUCAGACAGAGAAAAUACCUUUGCAAACAACGAAUGCAGGCAUGGUGUUCAAGAGCAGCUGUCUUCCAGUGCCACCAUGAAUGCAGAAAACCAGGCCAAGCAUAAGUGUGAUGCCGUGCUAAAUAACGACGUUCAGGUUAGCUUGUCUUUAUUAGGAAACCAUGUCUUGCUUCCUUCUCAGCCUGUGCUACAGGUGAAACAUUCAAGGGACAAAUACUGUAUAACGGAUUUUGCAGAAGAAUUGGCAGAAACAGUUGUCUCUAUGGCAACAGAAAUAGCUGCCAUUUGUCUUGAAAAUUCAAAUGGAAAGCAACCAUGGUUCUGUGCAUGGAAGAGAGGCAAUGAGUAUCUGGUGACCCAGAGUUUAUCAUGCAGAACCAUGAAAAGGAAGAAGGAAACCCACACUAAUGGUUCAGUUGUUCGGAAGCACAGGGCACCUAGACUCAGUGAGAUCAAAAGAAAAACAGAUGAGCACCCUGAGCUAAAGGAAAGAUUGAUGAAUCGAGUAGUAGAUGAAUCUAUAAACCUUGAGGACACGCCAGAUUCAGUCAAUAUCUUUGCAAAUGAAGUGGCUGCCAAAAUCAUGAACCUCACCGAACUCUCCAUGGUUGACAGCCUCUGGCAAGGUCCAAACCACCCCAGGAACAGGCUGCACUGUGACAGAUGGAGCCGAGCCAAGGCCUCAAGCUGUGAGAGCAUACCGGAGGAGGACUUGGAUUCCAAAGCCUCUUUCAAUACCCUCGGCCUAAUAAACGCCUUUGGUCAGCCUGUAAGCCAGACAAGUUCUGUCUCAAAGCAGUCUAGCUGUGAAAGCAUUACAGAUGAAUUUUCAAGAUUUAUGGUGAACCAGAUGGAAAACGAAGGAAGAGGUUUUGAUUUGUUACUUGAUUACUAUGCAGGAAAAAAUGCAAACAACAUCUUAACUUCUGCUUUACAACAGGUAGCCAAGAAAAAUGGUCAUCUUAACGUAAGGCCAAGUUGCCCAUCCAAACAGUCCAGUACAGAAAGCAUAACAGAAGAAUUUUAUAGGUAUAUGUUAAGAGAAAUAGAAAAAGAAAAUAAAGAUAAUGCAUCUUCCCCUCGGAAUUCAAAGGACUGGUGCGGCAGUUUGCUAUCACCCACCCUACGAUCACCUUUUUGCUUUAGGCAGUCGUCAGUGCCUGACAGCAGAUUAUCAGGCUCUAGGCUAACAGUUAACGUCCCAGUUAAGGCAAAUUCAUUAGAUGGAUUUGCCCACCAUCACCAAGAUUCCUUAAGUGUACAGCCAGUCAGUACUGUGGCUUCUUCAGGUCUUUGCAAGUCUGACUCAUGCCUGUACCAAAGAUGCAAGACCGACCAGAUAACAGAUAUGUUGAUUCACGAGACGUGGGCAAGUUCUAUUGAGUCUCUAAUGCGCAAGAACAAGAUCAUAGCAGGUGAGGCAGAGGCUGAAGAGGCAGACCAGUUUCACAGUGAUUCCCCACCACAUGUGGAACAAUAUGCAAACAGACUGGCUGCAAAUAUCGUUGAAAGUGGUAAAAAUUCGAUUGUUGUCCAGCAGGAUUCCUUUGAUUAUACAAGCCGAGAACACAUGCUGGAAAGCAAACAUCCCCAAAGCACAACUCCGAUUCAAUCAAAACCCAAAAGCGACGGAGUAAAUUUGAAUGAGAAAAAAGAGCAUAUGAAGAGCCCUGGAUGCCUCCCUGCAGGUCAGCACAGGGAAGUGCCUUUAAUUCAGAUAGAAACCGAUCAACGAGAUGAGCCAGAUAAAGACACAGAGUCCUUAACUUCAUGGGGUCCUUCUGGAAAGGAGCAUCAAGGCAAAGAAAAGCCUCCAGAAGCUUUUGAUGGGAAACAUGCGGUUUCCAGUUCCCUACUAAAUAGCAACAGUCCUCAGAGCAAACCAGAUGCUGAAAUCAUAGGCGAGACAAAAACAGCUGAAGAAUUUCCAAACCAUCUCAGCAGCAGUGAAGAAAGCACUGGCAGCUGGUCCCAGCUAGCUAAUGAUGAGGACAAUCCUGACGACACAAGUAGCUACUUGCAACUCAGCGAGCGAUCCCUGAGCAAUGGCAACAGCAGUACAACUAGCAGUCUUGGCAUUAUGGACCUGGAAAUUUAUCAGGAGAACGUGCCAUCUUCUCCUAUGAUUAAUGAAUUAGUAGAAGAAAAGGUUUUCCUUAAAGAACAGACAGAAAAUACAGAGGAAAGUACUACUGGGCUUUCGGUGGGAACAGCCAAUUGUCAAAAGGACCUACUGGUGAUAAACUUUGAUCUGGAACCAGAGUGCCCCGAUGCAGAGCUGCGAGCCACCCUGCAGUGGAUAGCCGCUUCUGAACUUGGAAUUCCGACCAUCUAUUUUAAGAAAUCUCAGGAAAACAGAAUUGAAAAGUUUUUAGAUGUUGUGGAAUUAGUUCGACGGAAAUCCUGGAAAGUGGGGGAUAUCUUUCACGCCGUGGUGCAGUACUGCAAGCUCAGUGAGGAAGGCCGAGAGGUGACGCCCAGCCUGUUUGACUGGCUCCUCGAAUUGGGUUAAGAAAGUUCACCCGCGCAGCGUUUUUGUUUUAUUCCCGUUUAAAUAAGCAGUGGUUUGUGUAACGCUCUGACUUCCGAACAUCACUGAAUAAAACGAGCAAAGAUAUACAAACUCUACAGAAACAGCACACGUCUGUUCCGCAACUGAACCUGGAGCAAAGUGAAACCACGGUGUAUCGUAUCGUUCUGUAUCAUGAGGGACUCAUGACAUAUUGUGCCGUAGGAUGUACUGUACUAGGAGGGAAUGGAUUUUUAGCCUACACAGUAAAGGCUUUUUAGACUACACAGAAAAGGCUUAAGUAUCUAAUACGUUCCAUUUUAAUCAAUUUGAUUAAAUCAAUCAGCUAAAAUGGGAUAGUACACUAACACUCAGUUGUAAAACACCAAUGUUUGUACACUUUAGCUAUUAGCACCAGAGUGUGUUCCAGGACGCCUAGAAACAUCCAUGUCCCUCGAUAAAUAAUUUUUUUUUUUUUUUUAAAUGCCCAUAGUCUGCUAAGGGGUAAAACCUUUUGGACACUUACCAACUUUGCAGUUAGACAACACAAUAAAAAGCUGCUAAAAAACACAGUUUAGUUUCCUUCCAUGUGAUUAUUUCUCUUCCAUAGCUGUUCCCCAUUCCCGUCUUCUUCUCAAGGAAACAAAAUCUAGACUCUCAGUUAUUAACCUUAAAAAAACUCAUUCCUUUUCAGUGGGAGGCAGCGCAGUUCCGCACAGCUGGGCCCGGUCUGUCCCCGCACGUCAGGGCAGCAGGUUCCCGAGCCCCGUCCCACCGCAGACCUGCCGCCAGCCACCUCACCUCUGUGCCUCAGUGUCCCCGCCUGGUAAGAGGGAGUAACGAUGGUACGUUUGUUACCUAAAGUGCUUCUGUUUGAAGCGCUGUGUAACAUGCUACAUAUCAGUUAAAAGCGGUGGGGGAAAAAAAAAAAAAAGAAACUAUUUUAAUUUUAAUCAAAUAAAUUGUUAAUAAGGUGAAGAAAUGCACACCUGAAAAGAGCACCGUCUCAUUAUAAAAAUCUUAACAUUAAUUUUUGUAACUUACAAGAAAGCAAAAUGAUUGUUAAAAUUUCAGCAGACAUGCUUGUUCAUUUUGGAUAUAAAUGUGUGGACCGUAUGUGAUAGUUCACAUCCCUAUAACAUUUAUAUUACUGUUUGCUAAGAUAUACUAUGGUAUCGUCUUGGUGAGAUGAUCUGUCAUAUCACGCACUUAAUGAGACAUUCUCUUGACUCUGCCAAAGAGAUUGGUUUUGAAUUGAAAGGUAACUAUAACUUAUCACACCACAGCCCUUCUGGGAUUUGUUUCUUUGAAAAUUAUCUUUCAUCUCUCCCUACCCCAAAUAACAUAUAGAAAACCUGCCUGCUUUUCCCAAUAAAAUAUUUAAGAGAUGUUUUAUUUUCCAUAUAAUAGUAUAUGCUUCUGUAAUAUUUCUUGGGGAAAAAAAAAAAACUAUCCUUUUGCACUAAAUAUUUUUGAAAAUUUUGAAGUAGUUUUAAAUAAUUUAUGAAAAAGAGCCAUAUUCUCAAUUUUAUCUUUAAAACCAUUCCUGAACUUGCAUGAUUGCAUCACUCAUUUGUUACAAAAUACAUACUGUUAGUGAAUCGAAAUCAAACGUGGAACAUUAAACAACAUGAGGAAUUCUAGAUCUACUCUGCAGUGUGAGCAAAACAGCAAAGGUCGCUUUGCUGUCAAGGUCAAGGUCACUUUAUUGCGUCCACUGAAGGUAACUGUGUGGUGCCGCAGCCCGCUCCUAAGAAUUGCUGAACACCCGUAACUCCCACCCACACGAGCGGCAACUCCGAAUGCUCAGCGUUUCUGAGGCUGAAAGUUAAUAAAAAGCACCAAGUGUUAUAGACUCAAAGUGCUUUGUUUGAGUUAAUAAACCGGAAAGUGUAUUUAUUUUUAAACCAAGUACAGUUAGUUGUCAGUAUACAAUUUUUUGCUGUGAUAGAAUAAAUGUUUACUUAUCCUACAAAGCACAAAUAUCAUGACAGAGUUGUAACAGUGUGAUGCAGUUUCUCUGUACAGUAGUUCUUAAUGUUGCAAUUUAUUCAGAAAUAAAUUUAUGUUAUGAUGUGUG